AUGAAAAGACUUUUUGUUGUCUUUUUGUUUGUUGCAAUUGUCGUUGUACAUUCAUGCAAAGAGGAUUCUGAAUGUGAAUGUCAUUGGCCGCGUGCAUUCUGCCGCAAUGGAAGAUGUGUCUGUCCAAAAAAUACAAUUAGACGAAAAAGCGAUUCAUACAACUGGGUAUGCGUAUCGCUGUUGGAUGCCGCUAGCGGGAUGAUUGGAUCGCCCUUCUCCUGCCCAUUACCAGAAGGUGCCGGACAUAUGGUUGCGCAAAUUCAAGAUGGUCAAACAUUAUGCAAUCCAAGGAAGAAAGACACUUGUCCAAAGCAUUACGAAUGUAUUAUAACAGUUGGAGCAAUUUCUGGACAGGCUAAUGCCGGUGUUUGUUGCCCAAGAAGAGAGGAAGCUUGUCGACAAGAACCAAUUAUUUCAUCAGAUGGUUGGCUGAUACGAUGGUAUUUUGAUGGAAAUGACUGUAAAAUGUUUAAUUGGAAUCCAGAAAAGAAUACUACAACAGCUAAUAAUUUUACCACAAAACAGCACUGUGAAUCUUAUUGCCAAAACAAUAAUAAACAAAUAUAG